GUUCAUCUGUGAUAUAUUCAGAUACAAUUUGCGAUUUGGGAGCAGCUGACGAAUUGGCCAAUUAUGGUGAAUAUUCUGGUGCUCCUAGUGAACAACAAACUUACGAAUAUGCAAAAACUAUACUGAGUUUAAUGACAAAAGCAAAGCGUCCUAAUGGAAAAGUACUUAUUAUUGGAGGUGGAAUUGCUAAUUUUACAAAUGUAGCUGCAACAUUUAAAGGCAUUGUUAAGGCUCUUCAAGAAUAUCAGCCUAAACUAGUGGAAUAUGAUAUAAGAAUUUUUGUUAGGAGAGCUGGACCUAAUUAUCAAGAAGGCUUAAGGAUUAUACGGGAAGUUGGUAGAAGUUUAGGAAUUCCCGUUCAUGUAUUUGGUCCCGAAACACAUAUGACAGCUAUAUGUGCUAUGGCACUAGGAAAGAAACCAAUUCCCGAUCCAGAAGCUCAAGAAUUCUCAACCGCGAAUUUUCUCUUACCAUCCGGGCAAGAUGUUGGACCACCGUGCACACCAUCUAAGAAUAACGUACCUUCAUCAGAACAGUUUAAAUUGAGAACUGCAGAUACUGUAGAUUCGAAUAACGAUGGCAGACAACUUUUCAGUAAUAAAACAAAAUCUAUUAUUUGGGGUAUGCAAACAAGAGCAGUGCAGAGUAUGCUGGAUUUUGAUUUUGUUUGUCGAAGAUCCGAGCCAUCCGUUGCUGCUAUUGUAUAUCCUUUUACUGGCGAUCACAAACAAAAGUUUUAUUGGGGUCAUAAAGAGGUUCUUAUUCCUGUUUACAAGCAAAUGAAAGAUGCUAUGGCUAAACAUAUGGAUGCAGACGUAAUGGUCACAUUUGCCUCUUUAAGAUCUGCUUACGAAAGUACCAUGGAAACGUUACAAUUUCCACAAAUCAGAACGAUUGCCAUAAUCGCAGAAGGUAUACCUGAAAAUAUGACUCGAAAAUUGAUUCUAGCAGCGCAACGGAAGAAUGUGACCAUAAUUGGACCGGCAACUGUAGGAGGUGUAAAGCCAGGUUGCUUUAAAAUCGGUAAUACCGGCGGAAUGAUGGAUAAUAUUCUGCAUAGCAAAUUAUAUAGACCUGGCAGUGUCGCUUACGUUUCUCGUUCUGGUGGCAUGUCAAACGAAUUAAAUAAUAUAAUUUCCAAAGCUUCCAAUGGUGUAUUAGAGGGUGUCGCUAUCGGUGGGGAUCGAUAUCCAGGAACUACUUUUAUGGAUCAUAUAAUGCGUUAUCAGAACAAUCCAGAUGCGAAGUUAAUCAUAUUGCUCGGGGAAGUCGGUGGUACUGAAGAAUAUGAAGUUUGCCAAGCAUUAAAAACGGGCAAAAUUACAAAACCAUUGAUAGCUUGGUGCAUUGGUACCUGUGCCAGCAUGUUCAAUUCUGAGGUGCAAUUUGGUCAUGCUGGCUCUAUUGCAAACUCCAAUCUUGAAACGGCUUCUGCAAAAAAUGCAGCGUUGAAGACAGCUGGCGCAUAUGUUCCAAAUAGUUUUGAUAAUCUUGGCGAUCUCGUACAAACCGUUUAUGAACAAUUGGUAAAAGAUGGCAUAAUAGUGCCGGAACCCGAAGUACCAGUGCCGACAGUACCAAUGGAUUAUGGAUGGGCCAGAGAACUUGGUUUAAUACGUAAACCAGCAUCGUUUAUGACAUCAAUUUGUGAUGAGCGUGGGCAAGAAUUAUUAUAUGCGGGUAUGCCUGUAACUGAGGUUUUGAAACAAAAUGUGGGCAUUGGUGGCGUUGUUUCGCUUUUGUGGUUUCAACGCUGUUUACCCCCAACUUAUUGCAAAUUUCUUGAAAUGUCGCUGAUGCUCACGGCUGAUCAUGGUCCGGCUGUCUCUGGAGCUCACAAUACUAUCGUUUGCGCACGUGCUGGAAAAGACUUGGUUAGCUCUCUCGUUUCGGGACUUCUAACAAUUGUAAGUGAAAAAUUAAAUCUUAGCAAACAAUAUGUGUCAUUUUGGAAAGCUCUUGAGGUGUGUUACAAGAAUAUGUAA